AUGAGGUCCUCCCACUCCCUCCUCGCCUUACUAGGCCUCACAGCCCCCGUCUUCUCAAGACCAACUAAAGUCUCUCAAAACUACAUCGACUGGCGCACUUUCCACGGCUAUGGCGCCAAUCUCGGUGGUUGGUUAGAACAAGAAUCAACAAUUGACACCUACUGGUGGGAUAAGGAGUGUGAGGGUGGAACAGACCUCUGCGAUCUCGGCGAAUGGGGUCUAUGCGAGUAUCUCGGCUCCGAAUGCCCUGCAGUCUUUGAACACCGCUACGCAACAUACAUCACCACAUCUGAUAUCGACAAGCUCGCCAGUGCUGGUGUCUCCGUCCUCCGUAUCCCAACUACCUACGCAGCCUGGAUCGAUUUCCCAGGCUCACAAUUCUACCAUGGUAAUCAGCAGCACUACCUGCGCGAAAUCGCUACAUACGCUAUUGAAACCUACGACAUGCAUAUCCUCGUCGACAUCCACUCCCUUCCUGGUGGAACCAAUGGAUUGGAUAUCGGUGAAGCUACUGGUCACUGGGGCUGGUGGUGGAAUGAGACCAACUUGGAUUGGUCCAUGCGUGCUGUCGAUGCUGUUAUCGACUUCGUGCAGCACUCUGGAUACCCACAAUCAUACACUAUCGAACCGAUCAACGAGCCGGCUGAUAACCAUAACUUCUCAGAUUUCGGAACGGCUGCUGCGCUUUCCGAGCAUGGUGCUGCUUGGUUGCUGAAGUAUAUCCACCAGGUUAUUGACCAUGUUGAGAAGGUCAACCCCAAGAUCCCCGUCAUGUUCCAGGGAAGCUUUAAGACUGAGAUGUACUGGUCGCCUCAUUUCAAGAAGGACACGAACCUGGUCUUUGAUCUCCACCAUUAUUAUUAUCAGUAUGAUAAUUCGACCUCGCUUAACGUGCCAGAGUUUAUCUGUGCGGAUGCGAAGGUUAGUGCUGGUGAUGGCAAGUUCCCAACUUUCGUUGGUGAGUGGGCGAUGGAGACCGGUGCGAAUAACUCGUUGGAAUUGAGAGAACGAAAUCUUAAGGCUGGUAUUUCCGCCUUCGGUCAGUACACACGUGGAUCCUCGUACUGGACCGGGAAGUUCUUGAGUAACUCUACUGUUGAGGGUGAGGGUGAUAAGCAGAGCUACUGGGACUUUGAGGAGUUCAUUGAUCUGGGUUACUUGAAGGGACAGGUCGAGAUCCCGAAUUACUGUUCUUAG